AUGAGCACCCACAGUGGCAACGUCGCCUCGAACUGCGCCAACUCUUCUAGAGCGCAGUCGCCAGAGCUCUCUCCUUCUCCACCUUUUGAACUAUCGGAGAACUCAACACCCUCAGUUCCUGACUCCUUCUGGUGUUCUGGCGAUUUCAUGCUCGGUGCGGGGAUGGUGAUAUUCCAGGAUGUCACUUGGAAGAUCGUUAUCUGUUACGAGACGAAGAAGCAUUUCUACUUUCUACCUCGCGGGCGCAAGGAUUUAGGGGAGACAAUCGAACACACUGCCCUCAGAGAAGGCUGGGAGGAGGUUAGUUGGAUACGCCCCUUUCGUAGAUGA